GGUACAAGGAUAGAAAAUACAAAGAGACUGCUGACUCAACCUUCACACAGAGAGACUAGACAGAAGCAACGUGAAGUAAAGUGUUUGCUCAGAUACAGAAAAACGGAGAAGUCAAUCAUGCUGAGACCUAAAGAUCUCGGUCAAGAUUCUGGGACCAAGACUUUCCUGGAUGCCAUGAACAGCGGCAAGGUCCACCUGGCACGCUUUGUCCUUGAUGCUCUGGAUGGAAGGAUUAUCAACUCCAAAACAGAGAAUGGCAAAACCCCCCUAAUGUUUGCCAUUUGUCUGCCAGAUCCAGGGUUGAGAAUGAAAUUCACAAGAUUGCUUCUGGAGAAGGGGGCUGAUGUGAACUGUCAGGAGGAUCAUGGAAGGACGGCACUAAGCCUGGCUUGCGAAAUGGGGCAUCUGGAAGUGGUGAAGCUGUUGGUGCAGUUUAGUGCCGACCCUGAGAUCCAAGAUGCCUUGGGAAACAACGCCUUGAUGCAUGCAGCCUGCUCCGGACACAGCCAAGUUCUGGAAUUUCUCAUCAGAGCUUUCAAGAGGCUUGGACUAGAGCUGGACAGGACCAACCAUGCUGGGCACUCGGCUAUCCAAGUGGCCACUCUUUUUGGCCACAGCCAGUGUGUACAGGCAUUGAACAUCCCAGGACACAAGUGCCCUGGGUCAGAAGACCAGCUGUUGGACAUGAAAAGUAAAGAGCUGGGAGACCCACGGCACCCAUCCCGGCUGCCGAAGCAAGUGCUUGAAAAAAUUACAAAACAGUUUCAGGAUAAAUGCGAAGACCACCUCCCGACUCUGUUUCAAAAGCAACUGAAAGUGGGAGACAGCAUCGGACUGAGGAAACGAGUUAAAGCUCAAAACCAGUCCCCAGAUAGAAAAUGUCAGCAUCAACCUUUUAUAAGUCAUCUGAAACAUGUGCUGCACCACAAGGACAGCCAAGACACAAAAUCUGGAAUCUUGUUCACAGCAAAACAGAUGCAGAACUGUAGACUAAAGAACACAAGAGGAAAUAAAACACCGGAAAGCACUACAGAUAGCCCAAAUGAAGAAGAGCACAAAGAGAGUACUGAUCAACAAGGUGCACUUGAGACUUUCAAUUUUAGGAUUAAGUCAGCCUCGUUUACCAACGAGAAAGUUGGCUUAUUUGAUGUAAGUGAUGCCUAUCACAGAGUUAAGCGAGGGUCACAACAGCUGGAACAAGCAGUAUUCUCAAAGAGGCAGGACCAAGGAAUUACUUGCCCUUUGAUCAAGGACAUAGGGAAAUGUGUUACUAUUAACAACACACCCCUAAAUCGUACAGUUUCUGAACAGUCGCUUGAAUAUCACAAUGACAGCCAAAGGGCAAUAGUCGAUAGUCUCAACUCGGAUGAAGGGGAAGUCAGCGAUAUUAAUGAAAGGUUAAAGCGCACCGGUCAGUAUCAAAAGAGAUUCAGUCUCCCCUACUACGGGCGCCCCGAUAAGCUUCUUGCGCAGAGAGAGGAGAUCUCGCAAGAGAAUAUCCCACCUCGUCCUGCGAGGAUUUCUACGUUGGGGACCCAGUUAUUUUGGAGGUUAACCGCCCCCGAGUUCCUGAGACUGGUAAAAGAGUUUCCGUCUGACUCUGCGUCCGUGAGAGGACAGAUGUCUAGAACGGAGACCGGUCCACUUUCCAAAACGCACCAGCAAGUCAACUAUCAGGCCAGCAUAGACAGCAUCAGCGGGGUUAGAUGUGAGUUUGAAAACAAUGGAGCCAACGUGGUCUAUUAUGUAUAAUAGUGCUAUACACAACAGGAUAUGUUGAAAAUUAAUUUUACGGUAGCAAAAUGCCUAAUAUUUGAGUACGAACGGGAUGCCUUUUUUUAACUUGGAUACUCAAAUGUAGAUGAGAACUGUAAUAUGCCGGUAUCCAUAGUACAGAUUAA